UGGUUUGGUCCAAAUUUAAACUACAGGUGCAACUGCAGAGUGGGGGCAUGUUUGCAUGAUGGCAUCUGCCCAGAGGCUGGGGGCAAGUGCUCGCUAGGCUGGUUUGGUCCCGGAUGUCAGUUUCGUGAGUCUUCCUUUACUUCACAUUUUAAAUCCAUUAUCUAUCAGCAAACAUCAAUGGCACCUUCUCCCCUGGCAUUCAAUUUUUUUUAAUCUUAAGUCGCUGAAGGCGCGUCUUCAUAAUUUUGUAUAUCAACUUAUUCAAACAAAGUCUUUUGUUAUCGCUUUCAGUUGUCCCCCAUUCACCUUCAAAUUAUAACACUUCUGCUAUUUUCGGUAACUUAUUUCACUAAAUGCUCUUGUUCCAUGGUGCCCCAUGACUCUUCAUCAAUGCACACAUCUGGCUUUUGUAACAUUACGAGUGAGGCUUAUUUCUGUUCCUCUAAGGUGAUUUACUUCUAGAUGUGGACAACAAUCUGACAGAUUUUUCUGACAAAACCUGCUUAGAGAACACCAACAGCCCACAGAUGUUCGUGUUAUUGUAUCCGUUUUAUUUGACAUGGAUUCGCAUUGUAACACUAAACGCAGGUGACUAA